CGCGUUUGUAUUGAAGUAUCUCUUCGGUCGAUGGCCACUUGAUGAAGUUUCUUUGUUUCUGUGCAAGGGCAAGCGAAACUUGGCUGAUUAUACGGGACACGGAUGACUUUGACAGGCCCAGAGUAUCUCCAAUAACUUGAAGAAAGCUUCCGGAGGCGAAAAAGCGCAACGCUACAAGGACAUGCACAGUUGUCGACAAAGCAUGGUUUGUCUUUCGAGAUCGUCGCGAAGGAGCUCAGAUAAAAAUUUUAUAGACUCUCGACCAAAACGAUAUCGACUUCUCAGUUCUUCAUUAGUAAAGUUGGACAGGGAAAAGUCGUCUGGUAGCCUAAAUGUCCUUUCUUUCCUUCUUGGGGCCGGCAUUAAGCCUAAUCCGCCAAUUAAAAAGUCGGCCAUUUUGUUUUGUUUGGGGAAAGUUUUCCCUCGAUUGGGUAACAUCGGCUUCUUCAGGAAUUGGACUUUUCACCAUUACCGCCACUGAAAGGAACCGAGAUGAAGAUUCACGCGAUUCUUCCGCUUUGUAUCGUUGUACUGUUUGCUUUAGGAUGUGUAUCAGGGUCCUCGGGUUGUCCUCAGGGAUGGAAGCAGUUCGAAAGCUUUUGCUACCAUGCAAGUAGCUUAUCCAGGACUUGGCACCAGGCCCAAAUUCACUGUAAAAGUAUGGGAGGAGACCUGGUGAAGAUUACCAAUGCGCGGGAAAACGAGUUCGUUCUGGCCCUCGCGAGGAAGUCUGCACCAUCAAGGAAACAAGUGUGGAUCGGCCUGAUGUGGGAAACUAACGGCUUCUACUGGAGUGAUUACUCUGUUCCAGUCUACAAAGCAUGGGCUCCAAAGGAACCGAAUGGAAAUUCCCACGAACCAUGCAGCAACAUGUGGACUAGGCAAUCCUCAGUGUCACUUAGACCAAACGGUUCCUGGAAUGACAGGGUUUGUACAGUGAAUUCUCGCGCGCCCUGUGGCCUGGUGUGUAAAAGGCUCGCUUGAACUGCUAACGCUGGAAUACCGAAAAACGACACUUGGUGAUGGGACUAUUUUUAAAUUAAAUCAUAACAUAAAUUGUAAGGUGUAAAGAAAUGCUUGUUUUACAAUAAAGCGUCAGCUUAAGUCAUUUAA